ACCAAAAACCAGGAGGAGAAACGCCUUUGGCUGCACUACCUCAAGAGACUGAUAGUGGAGAACCAUCUUGCCUCUCUACCCCAGAAGGCAAGGCAGGUACUCGGUGACAACUUCUGUCAAUCUCCUCAGUUUGAUCAGGAUCAUUUUAAAAAGUCAUCUCCAAGAUGCAAUGAAUACCAUCGAGGAAGACGCCAAUCAGAGCCCCCAGAGUUCAUCUACACCCCAGAGAAGGCCAAGAAGAGCCUUCCCCUGCUUCUGGAGGGGAACCUGUCCUACCGCCGCGGCAGGAGGCAGUCUGCUCCAACUAAAGACUUCGAAACAGCAUUUCAUGGUGAGAGUGGUGAGAAUGCUUCUUAAAGGAUUUUUGUUAUCUUGUUUCCUGGUAGUGCCUCGGUCAGUCGGGGCUGAAAGAUUUGGUAUGUUUUUAAUGGAAAGUAAACACGCAUUUGUUUUUUUCCCACAAACCAUUCCUAUCGUCUCAUUGACUCCAGUCUCUUCAAAGGCUGGCAGCGAGGGGGAACUGUGUCCUGGGGCAGAUAGCCUGGGAUACUCAGGCAGCACCAAAACCCUGGCCUCCUCUGUGAUGGAGGUGGAAGCUGAGGCAGAGCGGUCGGACCCCUGCCUGGGCCUGGAAGAUGAGGAUCUAUCCCCCCUGAGCCUCCCGCCCACCCUCUCCAUCACCGAGGAGAUCAUGCAGUUCAUUAACCAGAGCCGCGUGCGAGAGGGAAUGGCCGAACUCAAGCAUGACAUAGUAUGGGAUUCACCCCUGGAUGAGUCUCUGGAGGACCAAACAACUGAGCCACCUCCAUGUCCAGUUGCUCAGCAAGGAAAUGACCAGCCACAGCCUUCCCCUACAGAGGAUACUUACAAGUCGCAAGACCCACAUCCCAAUAGUCCAGAGGAGAUAACAGUGCAACUGGAGGGGAGCAGAACCAAAAUGGAAGACCAAACUCUUCCACCCCAUCUGUCCAGUGAGUCCUCAGAGGAGGGAGGUUGUGAAGGUGGAGAGUCUUCACCUUUGCCAUCUGAUGUCAAAGAGGAGAUGCCUCAGGAGGAGAGCACAUCAGCCAAAGAAACCGAGACAGUUGAGGAAAGAACUGCAUCAGAGGUGGAGGACGAGCAAACGGACAAAACCGCGACACCUCUCUCUCCUGUAAGCCUCCCUGACAAAAGGGAGAGGGAGAAAGAACUCUGCUUUGACCUCCCCAACGAGGACAAACCCUCAGAAGCUCCAAUCUCUCAUCUCUACGUCCCAGAAGACACUGUACAGAGCAAUCUGGCGCCCAAGAAAGAGACCCAGCUCACCAAGUCCGACAGGCAGAUCAUCGAGAAGAUCCGCAGCUACUACGAGGCAGCUGAGGCCGAGGCAGGAGAAGCAGGAGAAAGUGACAGCAGCCCCACCCCCAGGAGAAACAGCUUCUCCCUCAUCAUCCCCACGGGCCUGGUCAAAGACUCUGUGUCCCGCUUUGCUGUCUUUGGCCACCAGGACAGCUUGUGUGACUCGGAGAGCGGGCGCUCCGAUGGGGGGGCAGAACCAGAGCCUGAGUUAGAGCUGCCUGACCAGGGAGAGGGAGCCCUCAGUCCAGACUGUUCCUCCACUUAUGCUGCUGGUUCCCAGGAAGAUCACAACCAGGAACCAGGUCAGGGUGAGCCUGCUGUGGAGGAAUGUAGCAGGUUUGAGCCAGGGAGCGAGCUCCUCCCCUACAAAGAGUUGAUGAAGGAGUGGAAAGAGAAAGAGAAAGUAGGAGCCGCUGUUAGUACAGAGUUAACAGACAUAAACAAAGAGCCCUCAGGCAGUGAUGAAGCAGCCAAAGUGAUCACAGAAGACCAACAAGUAAUCAACGGCCACGGACCAAGUCCAAGUGAUCUGGACUCAGAACCUAAAGAGGCCCAGAAAGACUCCACUGUCCCUCCACUUACAGGCCACUUCCACGACAGUAAGACCGUGUCCCAGGCUGGGUGGGGUAGAAUCAGAGACAGGAGCUCCCUCACUGGGAACCUAGAGGGCCUACCCAGCCAGAUCAAGGUGGGCCGCUGGUCCCGCCACUGUAAGAUGGUGUCCUCCAGCCGGACCCUGUACGAGGGGGCAGCGGUCGCAGACGUGGCAGGUAUAGGCCUGUUCGAGGCCAGCCCCGGUGAUCCAUGUUUGGUGGAGAACUCGGAGAGGAUCCUCAGUAAGGUUCAAAUGCUGGCUCGCAUGUACAGCGCCAAGGCCAGCAUCAUGAAGGUGCCUCUUCACCACAAGAGGGUGUGUGUGGGUCGUGCACCGUGGACCGGCACCACCAGGCACAGUGUCCCUCCUCAGGCCCAGCCGCCACAGCAGCAUCAUGGGGAGAAGAUUACAGUAAAGAGAGCUCAGAGCCAUUCCACUGGUUGCCAGGAGAUUACUUCAGUCUCCUCAGAACCCCAGCUUUUUGGCCACGUCCUUGUCAGUGAACAGCUGUCCCCCACCUACCGCCAGCAGGAGAAUAGCUACGUCCUGGCCGGACCCAGGGACAAUGUUUCCAACCUGGGAUCCACGUCCAUUACCCCUCCACCCUCCUCCCCUCUGACCACCCCACCAAAAAACCCUCAGGUUGGGCCUGAGGAGGUAGUGACGACUGCUGUGGAGGGGAAGCUUAUGAAGAACCAGUCUGAGGAAGUCAUCUCAGAAGCUGAGAUGCAGAGGCCUCACUCCAAGAAGGGCUUCCCAGUCCAGGAAGGCCCCAUCCAAGGGGUAAGGAUUGAGGUUCCAGCUGAUGGUCAUCCAGGGACCCCAGAGAUGUCUGUGAAUCUCAGCAGGACUCAGGCAGAGCAGAAAGGACAUCAUCUGUACUCUAUCAGGGAAGAUCCUUCUCUGGGGACAGCAACCUCUUUAGCAGGCCCAUGUGGGAACAAGGACAGGUCUCCAGGGAUUGGCGCUGCAGAGGAACUGAUGAAGACCAUCCAACAGCAGGCUCCAACUGAACCAGAGACAGGCCAGUUGGUGAAGCCAGACGAAGACAAUUUAAACACCAAGAUAAUGUCGCCUUAUGUGGCCAGUGGGGCUGAGAGAGGGAGUUCACCCCAGGUGGUCCCUGGUCAUCAAUGUGAAGCUGAAUCCACCAAAGAGAAACCACGAGAUGCCACUCUAGAUGAUCGGGAUGUUUCGUCUGCAUCGUCAAAGAUUUCCCCUCACAGCUCCGACACGUCUCCCACACAACAGAGGUCCAUCUCUGGACUAACUGAGGGGUCAAACCCCUUCGUGCGGCAUCCCACUCAGUCACCUAUGACUGAACCCAUGCAAGCAACACAUACAUCUGGUCAGAGAGUCAAGGAGAGUCAAGUCCCAGAGGAUUCCAAAGAAAAAGAGGGGGGCAUGGUUCCCCAUCCGUGGUCAUCGCUCCAAAGCCCGGCGCCUAUACCUCCACCAGGGGUGCAGUCCUCUGAAUGUCUGCCUAAGUUCACCAGCCAAAGACCACCCAACCUGCACCUGCCCACGAGCAUGGGUAGAAGGAGUCUUCCUAUCAAUUGGAAUGGAUCAAACAAUGCCACACUCCCCAGCCAAAGACUACCACCUGCUACACUGAAGUCCAGAGAGCCAGGCCAGGAUCCUUCAGCCCCAUCCAUCCAUGCCUCUGGGUUGUCCCCCAUCAGACAGCCUUCCUCCCAGUCUUCACUGGAGAGAUCCGCCACCCUGCCUCCAGGUAUCGGCCAUCCCAUGGAUGCCAAGCCCCCCUCCGCCUUCAGCCCCAGUCUCCACCAUCGCUCUUCCUCUCCAAUCAGGGGACUCCCCUGCUCCUCUCCUAGCCCUUCUGCCUUGACCAAGUCCCUGGCCGCCUUCUGCAUCAGCCAGUCCAUCAGCCAGAGUCUGGCCAAGAACAACGCUCGUCUCCAGGACCAGGCCACCCCUUCCCCAGGUAGUCCAGCCCCUCUGGCUCCCGCUCCCACUGCAUCCCCACUCAGGAUGAGGUCUCCCUCCCCCAAACUCACCUCUGGGCCUAGUGGCCCCCCUCUGAGUCCCCCUUCCCCACUCCGGUCUACUUCACUUCGCUCCAGCCCAUGCGCAUCCCCAUCCCCAGCCCUGUCCCCCCCACCAUACCGCAGCCAGCACUCAGUCCCCCCAGCCCCCCCAGUCAGCCUGCAUCACACCGCCUCUUCCUCUGCCUCCCCCCGGCCCAGGCCUGUUGCCCUAGCCCAACCACGUCAUAUUGGUUUGAAUGGAAAUAGCAACAACAACAACAACAACACCACUAACGGAGGAUUGGCCGUGAAUCACCGGAAGCCACCGUUAGCGAGUACCAAUAGUAUACCCCAUCCCCCUGAUUCUCACUGGAAUGGUUCUGCUCACACUUCCAACAGAGUGGCAAGGCCCUUCUCUGCCUCGGAGCCCAGCUCACGAGUGCAGUCCCCCUCUCCCUCCCCAUCUCCAUUCAGCAGGAUCUGCUCCCCACCCCCUGUCCAGAAUCAUACAGGCCCUCUGAUGAACAAGCCCCCCAACCCUAGAAGCACCCGGGCAGGAGGGGCUAGCCCCUUCAACCACCUGGGCCUCUCCCUGGAGCUCCCCAGGACCUCCUCAGCCUGCUCCUCAGGCAUCACCUCCCCUCGUAUUACCUCCCCUCCGCCCAUCGGGGUUCCUGCCAAUGUGUGGGGAGUCGCCGCUCCUCAGCCGCGGCAUGCCAAAUUGGCAUUCCCUUCCUCCUCCAUAGUCUCACCCACAUGGAGAAGUGGCUUAUCCCCCUCCCCCUCCAUUCAGAGAAGCUACAGCACCACCUCCCCUCCCCCAUCUGGUUUCUCCUCAUGCUCUCCAACCCCUUCUCAGAACCUGCGGAGGACCAAGGGGAGCAGCCUGCCCUUCCUCAGCCUGGCUGACCGACCACCCAGCCCAGUCAGGAAUGGGAGAAGGUCAUGGGUAGAGAGUGGAAGGCGCAGGGCGGCGGGUGCGCAGCAGGAAUCUGGGCUGAUGAGUCCCCGAGCGGGAUCCUACUCUAACAGUGACUCCUACAGCGGCUCCAACAGUGGCUCCCCAUCCUGCCUCAGCCCCUGCACCUUGUCCCCUGUCAGACUGGUCCCUGGGAAGAGCAACCACGGUGGGCAACACUUCACCAGCAUUGCCUGGCCCGACGUACGAGAACUCCUGACCAAGUAUGACAGUGGAGACAGCCCUGACCGGAGCGCUCCGACUUCCCCUGUCUGGCCUCAGGAUGAGUGGGGUGACCCAGACCUUGGGGAGGACAGUAGCCGGAGCCGCCUGAUCUGUGCCUAUGUGCCUCGGGCCUCCCCAGCCCCAGACAUGGGAGCACCCAUCCAGUGCCCUCACAGGAGUGAGCCAAAGCCAGAGGACGCCUCCUCAAUGCAGGCAGCCAGAAGGACUCUAAAGACUAGCUAUGCUACCACUGUGAACCUGCAGAUUGCUGGCAGUGGGCGAAUCACUUCCUUCAGCAACACCCAGGUGAGCUUGAGCCAGACCUUAGCCCCUGUGGUAGACAGCCAGGGCAGACGGAGGGUCAGCAUCAAUGCCUGCAACCUCACCCUCCCUGUUCCCCAGAACUGCAAGAGGCUGUGAGGGGCUGCAACUGGGCGACCUCCUCCAAGAUGCCUUAUGCCUCAGUGAAAGUCUAAAUAGGCACUUUACCCUGAAACAGUGGUGUUCAUAGGAAACCUAUGAGAUAAAACUCCAGGUCAUAACGUAAUGAAUUACAUUAGACUUAAUUGGACAGUAGACUGAAUCACCUGUUCUUCCAGAUGACAAUCUGACAAUGUCAGGGAUUCUGCAACCAACUCCACGAACCAUCGUCCGGCCACCUACAUCACUGUCCAACAGGACACUGACUGAACCCACAGACAAAUGAGUUUUUCCCGGUGUUGUUUUUAUUAGUCUUUUUGUUCUUGUUUGUUCUUUCAAAAUAAAUUUGGUUUAUUCUGUUAAACAAAAAACAAUGUAUUGUGUACCAAACUCCUGUGUUUGUGCUUGUGGCUGUCAUGGUCAAAACUGUCAAUGAUUUUUCUUUUAUUUAUGAAGUAGUCUUAUUUUGUCUGCAUUUCUGGCACUUAAUUGUAUGUCUUUAUUUUGCACAAUGUCCUCAGCUGUGUGUGCAGUUAAGACGUAUCUGUGAAGGUAGGUUUUAUUUCACACUAAAUCAUGACGCUAUGUGUUCUAACCUGUAUAGUUUUAUCAGUGAUUCAAAAAGAUAUCAAAUCAAAUCAAAUUUAUUUAUAUAGCCCUUCGUACAUCAGCUGAUAUCUCAAAGUGCUGUACAGAAACCCAGCCUAAAACCCCAAACAGCAAGCAAUGCAGGUGUAGAAGCACGGUGGCUAGGAAAAACUCCCUAGAAAGGCCAAAACCUAGGAAGAAACCUAGAGAGGAACCAGGCUAUGUGGGGUGGCCAGUCCUCUUCUGGCUGUGCCGGGUGGAGAUUAUAACAGAACAUGGCCAAGAUGUUCAAAUGUUCAUAAAUGACCAGCAUGGUCGAAUAAUAACAAGGCAGAACAGUUGAAACUGGAGCAGCAGCACAGUCAGGUGGAACGGGGACAGCAAGGAGUCAUCAUGUCAGGUAGUCCUGGGGCACGGUCCUAGGGCUCAGGUCCUCCGAGAGAGAGAAAGAAAGAGAGAAUUAGAGAGAGCAUAUGUGGGGUGGCCCGUCCUCUUCUGGCUGUGCCGGGUGGAGAUUAUAACAGAACAUGGCCAAGAUGUUCAAAUGUUCAUAAAUGACCAGCAUGGUCGAAUAAUAGUAAGGCAGAACAGUUGAAACUGGAGCAGCAGCAUGGCCAGGUGGACUGGGGACAGCAAGGAGUCAUCAUGUCAGGUAGUCCUGGGGCAUAGUCCUAGGGCUCAGGUCCUCCGAGAGAGAGAAAGAAAGAAGGAGAGAAUUAGAUAACGCACACUUAGAUUCACACAGGACACCGAAUAGGACAGGAGAAGUACUCCAGAUAUAACAAACUGACCCUAGCCCCCCGACACAAACUACUGCAGCAUAAAUACUAAAUCAUACUAAAUAUGAUUUAUUUGAUUACAUAAGAGCUGAAAAUAAGGGAAAAUAAGGGCAACAAAUUUCAGGGAAAACAAAGUGCAAGGAAAUUAAUGUUGUGAGUCAUUCACAUGCAUUUUUAUUGCUGUACAACACAGUGUCUUCAGGCUACUAUGUCACAUUUUGAUAGUAUAGACCUAGCGACUUUUUUAAGUACCGUAUUUAAAUAUCAGUUUGGAAAUUGUGUGAGCUCCUGUGGUCAAAAGACUCAAAAAACAACUACUGUGUCUAUUACUUAUGUGUAUUUCAGUUAUUUGUACUCCAAUAAUAAUAAAAAUAUUAAAGACCCUU